AUGAAAGCAAAAGGCCCAUUAAAAAUUGUACUGUUCGGAGCACCCGGGGUGGGGAAGGGCACCUUUGCGGAGAUCCUGUCCAAGAAAGAAAAGCUGAAGCACAUAAACAUGGGGAAUAUACUAAGGGAAGAAAUAAAAAAAAAAACUACCAUAGGGAAAGAAAUCGACAAAGUAGUCACGAGUGGAAACCUAGUCUCAGAUGAUUUGAUCGUACGGAUAGUGAAGGACGAAAUAACCAAGGUGACAGUACAGAAGGAUAGCUAUUUUAAGGGGUUCAUUUUGGAUGGAUUUCCACGUAAUUUAUUUCAGUGUAAAGAGCUAGACUGUGAGAAGUGUAAGGGUAACCCAAAGUUACAGAGGAGGAGUGAUGACAGUGAGGAAAUAGUUACCCACCGACUGAACACGUACGAGUUGACCAACUCCCCUCUCAUUAAUUUUUUUAAAAACUCGAACUGUAACCUCGUCGACUUUGAGAUAAAACGGGGGCUGCAGGACUUCGACAGCUUUUACCGCAUCGUCGGGCGGCACCUUUAG